AUGGCCGUCGCAGCUGCACAGAAGAACCGCGAAAUGUUCGCAAUCAAGAAGUCCUACAGCAUUGAGAACGGCUACCCAUCUCGCCGUCGCUCGCUUGUGGACGAUGCACGGUUCGAAACACUUGUUGUAAAACAGACCAAGCAAAGCGUUUUGGAAGAGGCACGCGCCCGCGCUAAUGACUCUGGCUUGGAAUCCGAAUUUAUCCAAGACGUCGCUCAUUUAAGCAACGGUGACAAAACACCAACCGUCGAAGAUGGAACUCAUCAGGACGAAACCAAGAACGGCCAACUUGCAGAUGCAGAUGUCGGUGACGAUGGAGGAAAGAAAGACGAAGAUUAUACUCUGACUGAAGAAGAAGUUAUCCUCCAAAAUGCUGCAAGUGAAAGUCCUGAUGCAGAGCAUGCUGUACAAAAAGCUGCUCUUUUACUCCGCUUGCGAGAUGGAAUGGGCUCUCUCGCUCGCAUCCUAAAAACCAUCGACAACUACAAGGGCUGUGUUGAACAUUUGGAGACCCGACCCUCCCAAGAAGACGGCAUGCAGUUUGACGCUCUCGUGAAAGUUCGCAUGUCCCGUACGAACUUACUCCAACUAAUAAGGGCUCUCCGCCAGUCUACAUCCUUCGCCGGAGUUAACCUUCUAUCUGAAAACAACCUCACCAACAAAACUCCAUGGUUCCCUCGCCACGCCGUCGACCUCGACAACUGCAACCACCUCAUGACCAAAUACGAGCCAGAACUCGACAUGAACCACCCAGGCUUCGCUGACAAGCAGUACAGAGAGCGCAGAAAGCAGAUCGCCGUGAUUGCCUUUGCUUACAAAUACGGUGACCCAAUUCCAUCGAUCUCUUACACUGAGUCUGAGAACUCUACAUGGCAGCGAGUUUUCAACACUGUAUUGGAUCUGAUGCCAAAACACGCGUGCAGGGAAUACAAAGCAGCGUUCAACAAGCUGCAAGAGGCUGAUAUCUUUGUUCCACACCGAAUUCCUCAACUAGAGGAUGUUAGUAACUUCCUUCGUAAGCACACUGGAUUUACCCUACGUCCUGCCGCUGGUUUACUGACUGCUAGGGACUUCUUGGCUUCGCUCGCUUUCCGUGUCUUCCAAUCUACGCAAUAUGUACGUCACGCUAACUCACCCUUCCACACACCUGAACCCGAUUGCAUUCAUGAACUUCUUGGACACAUCCCACUCUUGGCCGACCCCAGCUUCGCUCAAUUCUCACAGGAAAUAGGACUUGCCUCUCUCGGUGCUUCCGACUCUGAAAUCGAAAAGCUUUCCACUGUUUACUGGUUCACGGUUGAAUUUGGACUUUGCAAAGAGAACCAACAACUUAAGGCAUAUGGUGCAGCUCUUCUUUCUUCUAUCGGCGAACUUUUGCAUGCUUUAAGUGAUAAGCCAGAGCUACGUGCAUUCGAACCUGCAUCCACAUCAAUGCAACCAUACCAAGAUCAAGAAUAUCAACCAAUCUACUACGUAGCCGAGAGCUUCGAGGAUGCCAAAGAUAAAUUCAGACGUUGGGUGUCAACCAUGUCAAGACCAUUCGAGGUCCGUUUUAACCCACACACAGAGCGCGUCGAGGUCCUCGACUCAGUGGACAAACUGGAGACCCUCAUCUGGCAAUUGAACACGGAGAUGCUACACCUGACCAACGCCAUCAAGAAGCUCAAAAGCUCGCAUUUCGAAUAA